AUUACUGACUGCAUUUUCGAUAACAGCGGUGAGAACGUUUGAAAUUAGGAAAAGUUCCUGUGAUAAUGAAAUUCCCUAUCGAUUCGCCUAUUUUUAGCUGUCGAACAGUUUCACUAGUAUGAAAAUCGCAAUGCAUAAGAUCAGUUGCAUUUGUUCGGUGCAGUUUCAGUGAAAACCGGAGGUUUUUCUCAUCAAAGACCAGUUGGCAGCAAGUGAUUUGAAUAUUUUUCAGUGCCCGACGCGAUCAAAAGUGAAAAUUCAAGAUGGCGGAUGGCCGAGUUUCUAGAGAAAAGCGCAGAUCCAUCACGCCUUGGUAACAGCCUAUUUUACGUUUCUUUCCCAAAACUAAGGAUUUACAUGCCUUGAGCUGCAACCACCGCAACAAAACAAAAUGAGAGAGGAAAUAAUGGAAGACAGAAGGGUAGUUCCUAGCAGAGGAGUCGAUUUGUUGAAUAUUCGCGAAGAAGAGUUUCAACAUCACGUCUCCUACAUUGCUCUAGACUGCCAUGUUGAACCAGGAACACCAAACAGGGCAGAAAGAACUCUUCCACGAAAUCUGGUUCUUAGAACCUCCCAGGUGUUACCGCAUUCCAAAGGUGUUUGGAGUACAGAUUUCAUACCCCAGGGCACUCGCUAUGGGCCUCUCGUUGGAGAAAUAUAUGCCAAAGAUGCCAUACCUGCGUCUUCAAGUAGAAACUACUUUUGGAGGGUACAACUCAGAGAGGGAUUCUAUAAAAACAGAUGCAAUGAUCAUGAGAUUUACAAGGAUAAUGAACUCUACUACUACAUUGAUGGAUUUGAUACUUCUAAAGCCAACUGGAUGAGAUACGUCAGUCCGCCUUCCUCCAUUGAUUCCCAAAACUUGAUCGCGUAUCAGCACGAAAUGAAUAUUUAUUUCUACACUAUCAAACCUAUCGAACCAAACCAAGAAUUGCUGGUUUGGUACUGCAAGGAGUUUGCUGAGAGACUGAACUAUCCUGUAUCUUCAGAGCAAAUGCUUCAAAGGAUAAGGGAAGAACACCAGUCGACAGAAAUGCUAACAGUUAGUACAAUCGAUCCACCAUUAAAGGAAAAUCCAUAUGAACAACAACUGACUCCACCUGAGGGAAGUGUCAGGUCGGACGAAGGCUACCAUAGCAAUGAGUACCACGAAGACAUUUUCACCCCGCCCGAAGAAUCCAGUGACUCUGAUAGUGAAAAUAACUACGUUUUAGAUUAUAGUAAAAAAUCCACGAAAGAAACCGCUGUCAUCAAACCAGUAUGCCCAGAAAACCAAGAAAAUGAAUGCAGGAAAGUUAAAUACAAGGUCACCAAACCCUAUCAUUAUAAGCCUGUUAAAAAUGAUUGUGAUCAAGAGGCUGAUAAAGACUCAAGAAUGGAUGAUUCAGUACCUGAAUUAACAACACCAACCUCGAGAAUUAUUAUACCCCCAACAUCCGUGAUCGUGAUGGACUCACCACCCCAUGAAGUUCCUAAUAACAAACACUUUUAUGAAGCAGAAGUCAAAUCGACUAAUGGACUUCCUAAAUACACACCCCCAUCGUCAAGUAUUCUGGAAAAUAUUUUACUGAGAACUAAGCUUGACAAUAACAAUAACGACAAAAGUCAGGGCAACACAUCUACACCUCCAAGUUCACCUACGGAGAUGGCGUAUUCGUACAAGAAGAGCCACAGAUAUGGCACAGUUUCUUGUAGCGCAGAUUCCAGCUCCAAUAUCCAGUCGCAUAUAGUUUCCCCAAGUAGAGCCGCACUGAAAACAACAAGUCCGCUACAAACUAAUAUCUAUCUGACUCACACCACUGAAUCUUACCACAACAAUAACCAACCCACAAGUUACUAUGCGGUCUACCCGUCUCCAGGUGGUAUAGUUCACAGUACUAUGAAUUCUUCUCCCCCUCAUCCCCACUCCCCUCCUGCGAGUAAUUUCGUAAGUAAUCAUCACAAUAAUGGAACAAAUUUGCUGGUUCCCUCAGCGCAUCUCAAUAUGACUCACCACUUGCUAACUCCAUUGCCGCCUCUUCAGAUCAAUAAUAGUGUGCUAGCCCCUUCUUCCCGAAGCCCUGAACGGUAUGACGUCGAUUUGUGCUCAAGUAACCCCACUAGCCCAAACGGAGGUCCCUCUAGAGGAUACAGGAGUCUUCCUUAUCCUUUGAAAAAGAAAGAUGGUAAAAUGCAUUAUGAAUGUAAUGUCUGCAAGAAAACAUUUGGCCAGUUAUCCAACUUGAAGGUUCAUUUGAGAACACAUAGUGGAGAACGACCUUUCACAUGCAAUGUUUGUUCGAAAUCAUUUACUCAGCUUGCUCAUCUACAGAAACAUCACCUGGUGCACACAGGCGAACGUCCACAUGAGUGCGCGGUUUGCAAUAAGAAAUUUUCUUCCACCUCCAACCUAAAAACGCAUAUGAGAUUGCACAGUGGACUCAAACCGUUCGUAUGUGAAUUCUGCCCUGCCAAGUUCACCCAAUUCGUUCAUCUCAAACUUCACAAACGUCUGCACACGAACGAGAGGCCUUACAUGUGUUUGGAGUGUGGCAAAAACUAUAUUAGUGCUUCGGGGUUGAGGACGCACUGGAAGACAACAGGCUGCAGGCCGAAUGAGGAAGAGCUCAAAAAUGAUGGAUCUCCAAAUUGUUACUACGACUAUUCUGGAUCUGAUGGCAGUUUGG